GAAGUAGUUACGAGAAACGUUGUUAGAGAGCGGACAAGUGCUCGCCGCGCGCUACCGUACGGUAUGGACCGCCCAGAAACGUUAAUCAUUUUUAGGUCCCGACAACGCAUGCCGUGAUGUUUUGAAUGCCUGUCGUUUUGUUAAAGAAAAAAUGGCGGCUGGUGGCAAGAGUGCGGGUGGUGUUUCUCGUAGAACUGGUGAAAAUACGGGUGAAGAAUCUUCAGAAAGCGAUGGUGAAACAGAACCGGCUUUAUCUUUCCACCGUAGGCUGUCCACCAACAAGGAUAUCAAACGAGCCGCCUCCACCAAGGAAGGGUACCUCAUGAAGCAGACGUGGUCCUUCCAGCGGUGGAGGCGGCGCUAUUUCAAGCUCAGGGGGAACAAGCUGUACUACGCUAAAGACACAAAGGCUGUGAUCUUCGACGAGAUCUCUCUGACGGACCUCAGCUUCGCCGAGUGCAGCAUCAAGAACGUGAACCACAGCUUCCAGCUGAUCACCCCUUACCGGCGGUUGGUGCUGUGCGCCGAGUCGCGCCGGGAGAUGGAGGAGUGGAUCAGCGCGCUGAAGGCCGCGAGCAGCCGCGAGUACUACGAGGCGGGAGAGCACCCGGACUUCCUGUCAGGGCAUCAUCACUGGUAUGCGACCUCCCACGCCAGGCCCACUUACUGCAACGUGUGCCGCGAGGCUCUUUCAGGUGUGACGUCGCAUGGCCUGAGCUGCGAGGUGUGCAAGUGCAAGGUGCACAAGAGGUGUGCCGUGAAGGCCAUCAGCAACUGCAAGUGGACCACGUUGGCCAGCAUCGGCAAGGACAUCAUCGAAGAUGAUGAUGGAACACUCACGAUGCCUCAUCAGUGGAUGGAAGGAAACCUCCCUGUGUCUGCAAAAUGUGCUGUCUGUGAUAAAACAUGUGGGUCAGUUCUCAGGUUACAGGACUGGAGGUGUCUGUGGUGCCGCGCGACGGUCCACACCGCCUGCAGGCCCCUGCACCCGGUGCACUGCCCCCUGGGCCCCAGCCGUGUCAGCGUCGUGCCCCCCACCGCUCUGCACAGCAUCGGUAGCGACGAGGCGUGGGAGGCGACGCGGCCGCAGGGCAGCUCCCCGCUGCUCGUGUUCGUCAACUCCAAGUCCGGGGACAACCAGGGGGUCAAGUUCCUGCGCCGGUUCAAGCAGCUCCUCAACCCGGCGCAGGUGUUUGACCUCAUCAGUACCGGCCCUGGGCUCGGGUUACGGCUCUUCCGACACUUCAAUCCAUUCCGUAUUUUAGUUUGCAGUGGUGACGGCUCCAUCGGCUGGGUGCUGUCUGAAAUAGACAGGUUGAGCAUGCAUAAGCAGUGCCAGCUGGGGGUGCUGCCCCUGGGCACGGGCAACGACCUGGCCCGGGUCCUGGGCUGGGGCAGCUCCUGCGACGACGACACGCACCUGCCCCAGCUGCUCGAGAGGUACGAGAUGGCCUCCACCAAGAUGCUGGACAGGUGGAGCAUCAUGACGUACGAGCGCAGCAUCACCAUCUCGACCCGCAAGCUGUCCCAUCUGGAGCCCUCGUCCACCAUCGCCGCGUACGAGGACUCCCUCGUGUCCCACCUCACCAAGAUACUGCAGUCCGACCAGCACACCGUCGUCAUCUCGUCUGCAAAAGUGCUGUGCGAGACAGUGAAGGACUUCAUAGUGCGCGCUGCAGAAGUCAGCAUCGGCCAAGGGGACCAGCAGUUCAGCGACAAGUGCCAGGUGCUCAAGGACAAGCUGGAUCUCCUGCUGCAGACGCUGCACCAGGAGGAGGUGUUCAUCCAGCAGCCGGAGGAGGUAGUCCCACUGCCAGACGGUGAGGAGAAGAGCUCACUGGAGCGUCCGGAGAAAGACGUGCACGAGAGACCCCGCCCUCCCAGGAGGAUGUCGAGGGUGGCCCAGCGAGAGACGCUGAUGAGCCGUGCCAACAGCCUGAAGAAGGCCAUCCGGCAGCUGGUGGAGCACACGGAGCAGGCAGUGGACGAGCAGAACAAGCCGCCAUUGGUGGGAGAGGAGCUUCCCGUCUCCGGCCUCCCGCAGUUCACCAUCACCCCUCCUCCCCCCUCCACCAGGAGCUGCGACACCCUGCAGGUGUUGCCGACCAUCGAGUCUGUGUCCAGCACAGAAGUCAGCCCUUGCCCUUCGCCUCAUUCCUUCGUACAUUCCUCAUCUUCGACGGAACUCGGAAUCUGCAGUCGCCUCACUGCCAUCUCUCCCCUGCCCGACUUGCGUCGGGACUCUGCCUGUGAUGACCUGCUCCCACUGCCUGUGCCCCUCGAGUUCGCGGACCCCCGUCGCAGCCUGGUCCCAUCUGAGGAUGGGGAGGGAUCUUCUCUUGCUGUGCCUGCCCCCAAGGGACUUUUGCCCCCUUCCCAGGACUCUGUUCCACGUCGGUUCUCUGCGAGUCUGCACGACGAAGUGUGCGUCGAGAAAGUGGAAAUUAAACGAAGUGCUUCAUUGGAGGACUUCGCACUUUUUUCAGAACCGAAGGUUCUUUCCAAAGAGGAAAAGGAUAUUGGGAACACUAUUGUCGCCUCAUCAAAAGGCGACCUGAUGUGUGAUGAAUCGCAGUCUGCACUGUUAUCAACGUCCGAGAGCCUCGAACUGAAGCGGGACUUCAACGAGGGCAUCGGAUUCUUGGAAAACUUGGAGGGACCAAACUCUUUGCAAGACAAUCAUGAAAGUGACACAUUGCGGGUAGACAUCGAAAGCCUUACUAGUAGUCCUAUAGAGGACGAUGACAAAAAAUAUAUGUUUGAUUCUUUGUUCGUGCCCGACAGGGAUGGCGAUGCAUCUCGUAGGGGUUCUUCAGUUCUAGAGGACAUAGAGAAAGUCGUUGGUCACAUUGACUCUCCUGAUAACACAGAGACGGACAAUAUUAAGGAUGAUACCAGUGAAGGAAGCGAGGAGGCUCUCAAGCACGAAGAAUUGGAGGAUGUUCCUUUGCCACCAGAGGUAAGUUUACAAAGUGAACUGGUUGCUGCUGGGUUUCCAGUCACGCCAAGUCCCAACAUAGACCUCAUGUCUCCCGAAGAAGAGUUGGAGGAGGACGAUGACUCGGGAGAGCUGGUGAAGGUGCGAGGUGCCAGCCUGGCACACUUCUCGGAAGGCAACGACAUCGGUCGCAAGUCGUUUUACAAGCACGUCAAGACGAAAGCCCCGACCGACAAGCCGAGAGCAUGCAGAACUCUAGGAGAGCGUGAGGGGCGUGGGUUCCUAGACAUAGUGAAGAUACAGAUCCAGGGCUCGAGCAACAAUCUGAGCGGGGACGUGUCGCGGCGACCGAGCGGGGCCAUGUCGGACGGGGAGGAGGACGAGCUGCUGAGGUUCCACGUUCGGGACAAGCCGCGGCCCCGGGGCGGCCUGGUCAAGUCAGAGAGCGAGGAAGGCCCCACAAUCCGCCACCACGACUUCCCACCCAUCAUCAGCGUGGUGGUGAACCCCCCAUCGCCAGUCAUGUCUGAUGAGGGAGGGGACGACGAUGGACUAAAGCUGCGACGCUUCAGUGAAGAUAGCGCAGGCAAGCUUUUAGCAUCAUCGACCAUGGAGGAACUACGUUGCUCACCUGCCGCCUCCCGUCGCAUAUCCAGUAUCAGCCUGCUGAAGGCUCCCGGGAGCGAGCGCGACCGAUCCCGCAGCAUCGACAAGGAGCCCGUGGCGGCCGUGUCCAAGAAGCUGCCCAUCAUCAACCCCCUCGUACGUCUCCCCAUGUGGCCCAAUAUAAGUGGUGGAGCAGGACUCGUGAGCAAGGCGUUGCUGGCCAAUGCCGAUGCUCUGUGCGCCGCGGCCUCGCCCCUCAUGGACCCUGAUGAGACGCUCAUGGAGGGCUACUAUGAGCGGGUUGUAAUGAACAACUACUUUGGGAUCGGCAUUGAUGCCAAGAUUUCUUUGGACUUCCACCAAAAGCGUGAGGAGCACCCAGAGAAAUGCCGCUCCAGAGCGAAGAAUUACAUGUGGUACGGGGUGCUGGGAAGCAAGGAGUGGCUGCAGAAGACGUACAAGAACCUGGAGCAGCGUGUGAAGCUGGAGUGUGACGGCCAGCGCAUACCCCUGCCGUCCCUCCAGGGCAUCGUCAUCCUCAACAUCCCCAGCUUCAUGGGUGGUACCAACUUCUGGGGCGGCACCAAGGAGGACGACUGCUUCCUGGCUCCCAGCUUCGACGACCGCGUCCUCGAGGUGGUGGCGGUGUUUGGCUCGGUGCAGAUGGCGGCGUCUCGCCUCAUCAACCUGCAGCACCACCGCAUCGCGCAGUGCCAGACCAUCCAGAUAACCAUCCUCGGAGACGAAGGAGUGCCAGUCCAAGUGGACGGGGAGGCAUGGGUCCAGCCACCGGGCAUGAUUCGCAUCAUCCACAAGAACCGCAUGCAGAUGCUAUGCAGGAACCGGGCCCUGGAGACGUCGCUGAAGCAGUGGGAGGAGAAGCAGCGGCACGCCAUGAGCCACUCUCAGUCCUCGCAGUCCUCGCAGUCCCAGUCGCAGCCCCAGGGUGCCGAGCGGCCCAGGAAGCUGUCCGCGCCCUUCACGGAUGACGAGAACCAGCUCCUGGUGGCCUUCAUCGAGUGUGUCACCACGCUCGUCAAAUAUGUAAAGCUUUUGACAAUCAGCCAUCCAUCAAUAGAAGAUGAAUUGUACCAGUUGGCAGUCCAGACCUCAGCUCACCUUGAGAAAGUUCAUCCUGGUGGCAAGAUAGUCGAAGGACCGAACCUUCGCCCUCAAGUGACGGAGUUGGUGUCGAGUGCGAGACAGCUGUACGAGGAAGCCUGCAACCUCCUCCGGGAGAAAGCACACCAUCUGAAGCUGCGCGAGGACCUGGAGGGGAAGCUGAGCGCGGCGCUGGGCAGCAUGGAGAUGGAGCUGCGCAAGUGCGUCACCUACGACAGUGCAGGGCUGGUGCACUUCCAGCAGCCCGAGGACCAGGGCUGCGGCGAGCGCAAGGGACGGUCGCGCGGACUGUUCUGGCAGCGGUUCCGGCGAGGGGGCAGCGGCAGUGGCAGAGCGGCACGUGACGUGGCCGCCUGGGGCACGGCCGAGGUGGCCGCCUGGCUCGACACGCUGCAGCUGCCCGAGUACGCGGAGAGCUUCGUGCGCCACGACAUACGUGGCCGAGAGCUGCUCACCCUGGGGCGGCGCGACCUCAAGGAGCUGGGGGUCACCAAGGUGGGCCACGUCAAGCGCAUCCUGCAGGCCGUGCGAGACCUCACCAUGUGAUCCAAGAGCGUGUAAGUGGCCCCCUCCCCUGCCCGAGUUGCGUCCGCCACGUGCCGUCUUCUUCCCGAGGUGCUUUGUACAGUUCCUGAACCGGAGUAAAGCUGCUGCCUUUGUUUUUUCUUGUUUGUUGAAGUACGUAGUUCCUUAGCUCCUUUCGACUUAUCUUGCCACUGGCGAUUCUGACUUCCCGUUGACUCUUCAACAUUGAUGUCGUCUGUGUGUUGAAUCUGUAUUGUCUACACGUUUAAAAACUUAAAGUAAUUGGAAACCUGGAACUAUUUUCGUAAGCAAUUUUUUUAUGUGCACUUGAGCCUGUGCCCAGUUACAAAGUGCACUCACAUGUUCGUGGACCAAACAUUUUUUUGAGAAAUGAUUCAAAAUGGAGGGAAAUAUUUUAUUCUGUCUUCUCUUUGUCUCGAUAUUUUUGCUCAAUUGUUCUCUGAGCUGAAAUAUUAUACCUUUUGACAUGUCUCAACUGAUGUGCCACAUUGUGUUGUUAUGUGUUCUUAAGCAUGUGGUGGAUGCUAACUGACAUUAUCAUUAUGUACUGGGGCCACUUACAAGAACAUAACUACCGAUAUCUUAGAUUAUCAUCUUUGUACAGUACCUGUGACAUUAAUAUUGAUUCGAAAGACGUCCUGCUGCGUUCUGACAUCAUGUAAGUGAUUGCUGAAUCAACGAGAUUCAGCUACUUUUUUUGUUAAGUCUUUGUUUUUAGAUUCUACUCACAAAUUGUACUUGUAUUUUAUUUAAUGUUUUUUCAGUAUAAAGUAGUUUAUCAUGACAUUAGGAUUUAGAAUAUAAGCAUGCAACCAUAAGGCGUAUACAUUUUUGUAUUAGUGUGUGUAAUGACAAUCUAGGUACAAACUUUCUUCUGAAGAUUAUAAAAAUGUUAUGAUUGUAAUAUAGUCAUAGGAUAAGAGUGAUUUGAACCUAAAAUAGGGAGAUUUUUGUAGUUUUUUAGCUUCCUCGUGACAUUGCUGUUGCAGAAAUCGAAAUCAAACUCAGUGGUAUGGUUUUUGUGAAAUAAGAAGCCCAUUGGAUGUGUUUGUUUAGUUUUUAUGCCUAUUUGCAUUGUAAACAUUACUUUGAUUUAAUUUCUAAACAAUGCAAAGUUUGUAAAAUUAUGCAUUUGGAACUGCAAACAUUUAGUAGUAAACUUUCCUUUAUUGUGCAAGAAGCAGCCACUACCUCUUUCUUAGCGCUAUCUUGUUUCAGCUAGAAAAUGUAAUAUUUCCUUGCACAUGUAGUACUGAUAGUUUAUGUUACAUUGUCUUCACGUUUCUUGUUGCCUAUACUUUAAAUUGUAGAAAUAAUGCACUGUGAAUCUGGCAAGUAGUAAUGAGGCAGUAAUAGAGAAGUGAUUUAAUUUGUUUGGUGUUUAUAAUAUAAUGAAAUACUCAUUUAUCACCUUGCAUUCUUGUUUGGUUUUGCAGAUGUCUUUCCUUUCAAUUAAAGUCAUUUGGAAGAUACAAAGCCAGUGAUGUAGUAAAAAAUAUACUAAAGUAAAUUAUUUUCCUAAAUUGUUAUGGUAAUAUUACAUAAUAGUAGCAUCUUAUGCAUUGAACUGAAUGACACUUGAGAAAAAUUGCAUUCUCUUCAUGCAAACAACAUAGGUAAUUGCAGUCCAUAUUUAAUUUUAAUUUUCAAUAUCGAUACCUAAAAUUUAAGUAGCAUUGUUUGAUAAGAACAGUCUGCAAUAGUGUGCAAAUUUUUUCAUGAUAUUUAAUCAUAUAAUUAGAGGAAAGUAUAUAAGACUAGUAAAAUACUUUAAUUUCUUUUGAUAGACAUCUUCUGCAAGAGAAUUUAAUUACGUAUGAGGUGAUGUGACAAGGCCAAUCUUAGCCUUUAACAUCCAGCUGUCUUUUUAUUUUAUGCAACCUAAGUACCACUGUAUACUUUAUACAUUAUACUGCUUUGCAUUCUCCACUAAUGUAUUUAAAUGCUUGCAAAAAGUUUGUAGAACUUUUAGAAGGUCUUUUGAGAUAAUUUAUAUCAUCACUGCAUGUGAAGCCUAUGAAAAUAUUUAAAAAUUUUAAGUGGCAAGAACACUAAUAAACAAAGCUUUGAACCUCAUAUUUGUUAGCAUAGCAUUAUAGUUUUUGGCAUCAGUGCUUUUUUAAAAUGUUUGAAGGUGAUGUAGUUUGUUCACUUAAAAAAAAUAAUAAUUUAACAGUAUUAAUGUGUAUGAUAUCCUAGUCCUAAUAUUUUGCGGCUACUUUUUGGCCAUUCUGUGCGUUCCUGUGUUGACAUUUAAUGGGGUGAUGUGGGGGAAGAUAAACAUUUUUGGAAGAUUUUCCAACUUUUUUAUGUAUUCACUAAGUGAAGCUUUAUUUAAUUUGGUUUGUCAGUUUCUGACAGGUUUGAAUACAGAUAUAAUUAGGACAGAAUGUAUUUCCUUAUUUCCAUUCCAUUAUUGCUAUGUGCUUUUUGUAUUGAUAAUGUUACUUUUGUAUACGUAAAAUUAAUGUUGUAAUAAUUGUGUUCAAAUUGUUUUUGAGAAUUGUGUAUUUCAAGACUUUUUCAAUGCCAGAUGAUACAAAAUUGUGCAAACCCAGCUGCUUUUGACCAAAUUCUGACAUCUGAGUGGGCUUGUUCCCUAUUCUAACAAACGUAGACAGAUUGUUUUAAUAAAGAUGAUGUGUCUUGAUUGAACUUUGGCCGCAAUAAUUUGCGAGUAAAGUUAGGUGUUUAAGUGGAUAUUAAAGUGUUGCAGCAGUGCCCACAAUUCUUCGAUUUUUCCCUUUACAUAUCAGUUGCCACGGUAUAAAUUUUUUUGUCAAAUAUUCUAUACAAUAUGAUAACUUUUGAAAAUAAAAUAUGAGUUUAUUCUUUGGUAGUUUUUUCUCAUGAGAUUUUAGUUGUUAUAAUUGUGCUAAAAUCCAUAAAUUUUUAAUUUCCAAUGCUGUACUUCUUGAAUUUAGCAUAAUACCUAUUUUUAAUUCAAUUUAAUACUCUUACAGUAUGUAUGUGUAUAUUCCUUUUCCUUUCAGAAUUUUUAAAAUCUCUUGAAAGUUGAAAUGAGCUUUUCAUGAUAACCAGUAAAGUAUAAUGAAACAAGAAUGCAAUAUAUCGGACAAGAAUGCAAUAUAUCAGAAACUGCAUAGUUUAUACCAAAAUAAGUAAUGUAUUGAAAUUGUAAAAACCAAAUCAAAGUAAUUUAAUGACCUUUUUUGUAUAAAAUACUUAGGCUGUUGUAAGUUAUAUUAAUCUUUUGUCAAUAUCAUCUUACUUGAGGGGUAAGCUAUAAAAAAAAAGUAUUUGAAUAAAGUAUUUCUGUUUAUGGUGGAUAUUACCCUUUUGGCCACUUAUUACUUAUAAGUUAAGAUGUUAUCACCAUUUAAACCAUUUAAGGCAUACUUUCACCUAUUUAGUGCUUGAUGGUAGUCUAUUUCUCUGUAUAUAAGUACUACCAAACCUUUUAACACUGUUUAAUUAAUAAGUCAUAAAAGCAAAAUGUCUGUGGUUUGGCACCAUUUUUUUCUUGCUGUGUGUUGCACAAGUCAAAAAAAAAAAAUAUUAUGAACAUCUACAAAACAUAUAUUUAAGUAACAUAUUUAAUUGUAACCACUGUACUCAGUGUAUUAUGUGUGGUUGAAUUUGUAGUAACAAUUCGCGGGUGCGCGGGAAAAAGGGGAUAUGUCAAAAUUACUUAAAUUAAGAUAUUAAACAUUUAAAGUUCUUCCAAGUAUGCAAGAUCAGUAAUCCAAAAGUUCAGUGCCAUAGAAUAACACACAAGGGUGCUAGACUUAACCCAUUUGGACCAAUUUGUUGAGCUUGUUCUCCUUUAUUUCAUACCAUAAAAUUUUUUUGCCAAUAUUUGACUUAUCCCCUUAUUCCCGCGCACCCGCGAAUUUGCACAAAAGACAAAAAACCUUUUAGAUAUUUGUUAUUUAUUACAUUUGUAUUUUUGUACAUAUGAUUAAAUUAAUGUUUUCUUUCAUCUUGUAUAUUUAACUAGUUUUAAAAGGUUUAAUUUAUUACAUAUGAUUUAAGCUUUGCUACACUAACUGCGAAACAGUAUUAUUUUGGUUUCCUUUUAGCAUGACAUUUUGCAAACAUUUUCACCUUUGAAAUGAAAGAGAUGUACCGUAUUUACCCGAAAAUAAUGCAACUCUGAAUAUAAUGCACCCCCAAACUUUUUAUUCUGAGUUCAUAAAAAAAUAUUUUAUGGAAAGAAGAUCGCAAUUCAGUUACAUAGAACUCGAAAAUUAUUUAAAUUAUUAAAUUUAGUCCAUAUUUAUUAGAGCCUUUCUGGUGCCACUCCAGUCAGGAGAGUGAUUUGCGUGAUCUCAUUUGAAACACCAUGCCAAAAUUUUAAAAAAAGAGGGAAAAAACAAGAAGAAAAAGUGUUUUGUGACUGUAAUUCAAAAUCGGAAGCUGUUCAGAAAGUAAGAAGAGUGUGGUGAUUUGUGGUGGUCACCUGGAAGGAGGAAAUAGGAGAGGGAGUUCUUCCCAGCAACCACAGUGAAGAGAAGCAGAAGGAACCAGUGACAAACUCCAUUUGCAUCCUCUCCUUCAUCCUGCAUCUCUCAUCCAUCACGCCUGUGCAGGGCUUUAGGAAGCCCCGGACUUCAGUGGUAUUAGAGAUGCAGUUUACAGACAGAGCGUGUAGUUUAUAAAUUAAGUGGUGGUUCAGGAGGCGGUAAUUGACAGGGGUCUACAGUGAUGCAAGUGACACAUUUAAGAAGCACAGCAUGCACUUUUUAAACUAAGCCAUUUCCAAUGCAAGAUACAAAUUUGCAAAUAUAAUGCGACUCCCACCCUUAGUUUCUACAGAUUUGGUACAAAUCAUAGCAUUGUUUUCAGGUAAAUACAGUAGUUUUGGUUGUAUAUGGGUAACAGUGGAUAGUUAGUUUUAUGUUAUACGUAUAUAGUUAGGAAGCUACAAUAUUAAAAUUAAAAUUAAUGAAGCACUUAAAAGUGUAAUAUGUACUUUUAUGAAUCAUCAUAAUUCUAAUUCUUAAAACAUAUUUACCCACAACCUAUGUUCUAAAAUGCACUAAAAUUUACAUGAAUAAAUAUUUUAUUUUUCUUAAUAUUUAUUAACAGUUUACAGAUAUAGUAGUUAAUAUUAAAUGGUCCCUUUCAUUACCACCGCAAUUAAAAGAGUAAAUUUUUAAAUAUUUAAGCUAAAUAUUUAUUUAUUAAUUAAUUUAUUUUGAAUUAGAUGUCAGCAUUUCAUAAUUAAGAUCUUCCAUACUUCAGGAGGAAAAUGAACCACAUUUUAGUGUAAAAUAUUAAUUGAUAUUACAAACUCUUUUCUAAACAUGACUAGAACAAAGACAGAAUUUUUGAUAAAUUGUUCAUGCCUAUUGGCCGUUGAGCAUUCUCACAAAUGCUAGCUUCAGCAGGUUGUCUGCUUUGUAAUUUGUGUAGGGUUGCAUAGUUAUUGUGCUUUAGGCAUUCACUAUUAUUUAGUUUUACAAGCAUACCUAUAUAAGCAGUUUAAUCAUAUAUUUAUUUAUUUAUAAAAGUUUCUUGGUAUUUUCCAUUGUCUCCCAUAAUGUGUAUAGAAAAGAUUUUCAGUGUUAGGAGAAAAUUAAUAUAUAUAUUUUAUUUCAAUAUACAUAAAUUACAUUUAGUUAAUUAAUUAAUUUAGAAUUCACUGGUUGCUGGAAUGGUUUGAUGCAUGUUAUCAUGACAUCCUAUCUCAAAACUUCUUUAAGAAUAUUGAAAAAGAUUAGAAAUAUGAACACAUAUUUUAUAGUUUGAAUUUUCAGUGAAAACAGAGUUUCUGCCUAUUUUAACAUUUGUUGUUGAUUUAUAUUAUCGUAUCAGUGCAAAUUUGAAUGAAGGCUUGAAUAUAGGCAUAUGACAGGUUUUGAUUCUUGGUAAUAUGACUAAGGACUAGGGCUUUGAGCAUUUAAACCAUGGAGAGUGAUUUGCAGCUUGUUUUAGUUUAUGCCAGUUCUUGCUGGUUGUUUCUAGUGGUUUUGUGUUGGCAGCAGUUCUCACGCCCUGCCUUCUCAUUCCACAUCAACAAAUUCAUUAAUCCAAAAGAAAAAUGAUUGAACAGUCUAAACCAUAACCCAACAUUUAGUUACCUAAAUAUUUUGUAGCAAUCACAUGAAAUUGUGUAGCAAUAACAAUUAAUAAAACUGUCAGCCUGCAGAAAUCUUAAGUAAUUUGAGUUAAGAGACAUUGAUAAAAUACUGUAAUAUGAGUUGUGGAAAUUUAUGUUACAAACUAGCUGCCCGACCCGGCUUCGCACGGCUAUACUAAUGGAAAAAAUUAAGCCACAUCUCCUAUUUAUAGUAAUGGUAAAUUGAAAAAAAUUCAGUGAAAAUUUAUUACAAUGCUGUAUAAUGUACCGGAGAGAAAAUGAAUAGCACCAAUGGUUUCCCGACUCGUGCACGCAACGUACAACUGAUGUACCCGUACUUCGCUACGGCAGUCUACAGGCAGAUCACUCUUGCGCCGCUCAUUAUACAUGCCCCUCCUUGUGGGUACGCCACUGCCGCGCGAUGCCCGUUGCCAUGGAGACGCAGAAGGCAUGAACAAUGCAAAAUCCUGUUCUCAUGCAGACAAAGUACCCACUGUUGCCUGGUUUUAACCACCCAUGGGAUCUAAUUUUCGGAAAAUGUCAUCCUGCGUAACAUAAGGUACAUUACUGUGAAGUUUCAAGUCUGUAAAAUAUAUAUACUUGAAAAAAAGGGCAAUUUUUGAUAUUUAAAGUACCCGCCAAAAUUUCAACGGUGAUGAGGACUGCACUAACAAUGACAUAGUCGUUGCCAUAGAGACGAAUGAAGCAUCAACAAAGCAACAGCUGUUGCCAUGGUGAUUUCCUACCAAAAACUGGAAAUUUUGAUACAUUACGCCCCCGAAACUCCCCUUGUGAUCGGAUUUCCGCAGAAUCCGUUCUUAGUGAGCGUCUACAUCACAAAAUGAGUAACUAUGCUAAAUUUCAAGUCAAUCGGGUGUAUAGUUUUAGCGAUCUUGUGAUGAGUGAGUCAGUGAGUGGUGUUUUAUCCCCUUGGAGGUAGAAUUAAUCAAAAUCCUUUCUUAGCGGAUGCCUACGUCAUAACAUCUACCUGCAUGCCAAAUUUCAUCCCGAUCCGUCUAAUGGUUUGGGUUGUGCAUUGAUAGAUCACUAUGUCAGUCAGUCACCUUUGAGUUAUAUAUAUUUAGAUGUGAACUUUGUUUUGUGCAUUCAGUAAGUGCAUAAGAGUUGAUUUAGAGGCUUCUGGAUUUAAAAGGCUUGGGUUUUAUGGAAUGAAACUUAUUUCUACAAAGUUACAAUUUGUGGUGGUAUGAAUUUUUCUCCAGUAUUUUUUUUUAAACCAAUACUUAUUUUCAUGAAUCAAUUUAGUGUCAGUAAUUACAUGCAAAUUUUUCCUUAUAAUUUUUCCCAUGAGUAUUUAACUACUUAGACUAUUUUACUGAAAGAAAGUAUAAGUUAAUGAUUGUGUCUUCUAACUGGUAUUAAGUAGUCUAGAGUAUAUGCCAUAUUGUAUUGUUUGAUUUGCUGACAUUUACAAAAUUCUACUUUAUACUUUAUAGAUUAUAGUUAUCACAUUGUAUUCUUUGGCAUAAUUCACACCCCAACUAAACAUUGUAUUCUUCCCCAAACACAAAACAGUUGCAGCUUCCUAGAAUUACUAAAUACAUUAUGUAUGGAAAUUUAUAGUUAGUUAUCUGUAAGUUAUUUUAGAAUAAAUUUUGUGUGGUAUGUGUAAUCUGAGAGGCACCAUUAUCGGUGAUAAAUAUAGUGUUUCUCUCGAAAGAAUGAGAAAACCGCAUAAGACACACUACUUUUUAUCAGAGUUGCAAAAAGUUCUCAUUAUUUUCAAUCUCAUCUUUGAAAUAGUGAUAUUAAAUUUUCUUGUAGUAGUGCUAAGUGGUGUGUGUUGCAUAUUUUAGUGGCUGGAAGUGUCUCUUGUGUCCAAUGUGAAUUUUGUAAUGGUCUCUGUGUAAAAAAAAAACCCGCUGCACUUGUUUAUUUAGAGUAUGUACUACAUGCCAGUUUAAAUUGCUGAAGGUUGUUGUUAUCUUUCAUGAAACUCUUGCAACGAGUAAACUAAUGAAGUAAGGUUAUGUAUAUUCUAAACACUAAAAAAAGCAAUGUGUGGUGACGUCUUUAGCAAUAUGGAACUAGAUAGGGACCUUAAUAUCUCUUGAGAACUGUGUUAAAGUUAAAUUGAAAACUUUUCGAAAAGUGAAUUUAUACUUGUGCCUACAUGAACAUGUUUUUUUUUUUUGUGUGUGUGUUUUUUUGGAAGGAAGCUCUUUUGAUGGAGUCUUAAAAAGGUUGAGAGUUUGAUAGAAACUCUGUCUCAACAAAUGAAUUGUUCAUUGUUACCACAUUCUUUCAUUCGGCUCCUUGUGAGCUCGGAAAGUUUUUCACUCUCUUACGCUUUGUACAGAAUAAGGUUUACUGUUGUCACAGAUUUAAUCUUUUUACAUUGUUACUUAAUGUUGAAAUGUUAAGAAUGUGUGUUGUACUUUUUUGCUGUAUGUUGAACUUACUCAGUGAUAAGUGGACUCUCUUCACUCCUUCUUGCCUUGUAGCCUAGUCUACCAUCAUUAAUAAAUUCCUUUUGUGCAGUAGUCAAAUAAUACAUACGUAACUACAAAAAAAUUAUUGUAUCUGAAGCACAUGUACCUAUGUAAUUGUAGCAAGCAAUGGAUUUUUCGCUUCAAGUACUGACUAGCAACUAGUACUGAAAAUAAUAAACCAAUUAUAAUGAUUUUAUUGCAUCACACUCACUGAACUGAUUUAUCACGUUGCAAUUACUCUUUAUCUUAAAUAUUUUGUUGUGCAUGUUUUAUAAUUUUUAAUGCACUUUGGAACAUCCAAGUAAGUUUCAUCACAUUGUGCCUAACCCCUGAACAAAAUUGAUUAAAAACUGUAUGAACAUAAUUUAAAAUAAAUUUGUAGGUUAUUUAAAAAAAAAAUGAUUUAUUAGUUUAUGGGCAGAUACGUGGUUGUACUACCAUGAAAACUUUGAUGUAUAUAAAAACACCUCACAAAGAAAGUUAGACUGAGGUGUAGUGUAUACCGUAUCUACCCGCGUGUGGUUCGCAGAUUUUAUGCCAAUUUUUCGUUCAAUAAAAUGUACUGCAUAUGUGAAUUUUCCAUUUAGGGUAUAAAAAAAUGAACCCUGUUGUGGUUCACUAUGUGCUUAAUUAACUAGCCUGUGUUUGGUUUUAAUAAAUAUGUCACAAGUAAAUAUAAAUUGUUUAAUUAAAAUAUCUCAGCAGUGUUUGUAAGCAUCAUGAACUGUGCCGUUAAGCUGUCUGCCGCCUAUCGUGUAAGUGACGUGGCUGUCUACCACCGGGCUAUGGUGCGUGGCAAGAAGGGGAAUCUAAAAAAAAACCAGCCAGGGAGCAUGAAAGAGGGGAAGGGAGUAUUUGCGUGUGUGUGACCAUUUAAUUUCCAUGAACUGGCAUGGUACUCGAACAUCAUGUUUCUAUCUCAAAAGAUUUUUGUGUCCAAACAUUAUUUAUGCGUGAGAUUUCCUACGCUUUUUACUGCAACAUUUCAUUCAUGACAAAACUGCUGUAAAUAGCGUACUUGUUAUUAUUGAAGAAUGGCAGUCUUUUCUCUCUUGCGGAAGGUGACAGGUUAAAAAAAAAUACAUGGAGGAAAGGGAAACAAUUUCCCUUUGUAUUUUUUGUUAGAUAGUGCCUAGUCGUGGGGGAGGGCCAUAACGGAUGAAGAGGAAAAAGGAACCCCAACCAGUGUUUCUUACGCUGCAAUAAGCUGAGACACGGACCAUAAAGACUUACCUUGUAUUCUACUGGAGACAGAUUUAUGGCACAACUCAUAUUCGAGGAUGACUCUAACCGUGAAAAAAUUAAGAUUUUUUGGCCCAAAAUUAAGAGUGCAUUUUCAAGUAUCGUACACUCAACAUUAAGCUUGGUCGCAUAAUUAUUAGUACAUAGUAAGUUUUGUAUGAUCAGUGGCGGAUGUAAGGGGAGGAGGGAAUGUGUGAUAUAUAUCCUCCAUACCACCCUCUUCCCCCCAAAGCUAUGACAAAAUUUACCAAAUAUUAGUGAAGACAGUAUGUUGUUACUAUGUGAGAAGCCACGUUGCCUACGGCUACUACUGUAGCCCCUAUGUCAGUGUGUUGGUGUCAGUACUAAUGUAAGUUUUUUUAAAUAUACGUGCUCAAAUUUAAAAAAAAAAUUCCUGUAUCCACCACUGUGUAUGAGUAUUAUGGUAAUUUUAACAUUAAUUUUCCAUGUUAUAUUGCUAGAUAGUAAAAAACCAUCAAAAAAUAGCAUAUAUCUCAUUUUUGUUCUGCCUUUAAAAAAAAAAAUACAAAUUUGUGACAGUUUCUCAACCUAAAUUGUUGUCAUAUUUAAUGUAAUGGGUGUACGCUUAUAUCCACAAGGCAACUCAGUACUUGAAGUGAAAGAUUACAUACUCAUACUUAAACAAUGUAAAUUAAGUUAUGUGUACCAAACAAUCAAAGAUUAAUUAACUAUGGUAAUAUAUAACAAAUUACUUCGCUUCUUUUUUGUUUAGCUCACCACACUCGUUUACACAACAUCAACUUGCCACAUCAAAAUGUCAAGUAGAACACAGUUACAGUAGUUGUAAGUUCAUUGUUUAAUUGGUGUUCUCUGUUCUCCAUGCUAUGAAAAAAAUCAUAUUUUACAUUUCAGUAAAAUUUCUUCUUUAAAGCACUUUCUGGGUAAACUUAAAUGCUACAUUACUUAUAACCUUUUGAAGUGUGACAUUUGCAGGUACAGAUAAUUAACACAGCCAUCAAGGACCCGAUGCUGUAUAAACCUACAAUUUAUGACAUUAAUUUUGUCUAAAUUCUUUCAUUUUGAAAUCAAGUCUUGGGAAAAAAUACUGUUAUAGAUAACCACAUCCUUUGAAGUUUGCUUUCUGCUAAAAAAAUUUGUUGGGUCUUUCUGUAAGGUGUGGAAAAUGUUCCAGUUUUUUGGUUUGGAUAUUUUUUUUAUGAAAUUUAAAUAAAUAUAAUAUUUAAUGCCCUUCAAGUUUUAGAGAUGGUAGACUGGCAUUAUAAUAAAAUCGCUGUUUCAUUUUCAUUUCUUUAAGUAAUUUAUCUUCACUAUAUAUUUGAGCAUACAUAUAAUUAUUAAAUUGCAUUACAUGUCGAUCUUAGAGACUUAUCAUUAGUUUUCAAUGUGAUGCUAUGAAAAAUUAUUUGUGUUUAUACAUGCCACAAAUAUUGCUGACAAAAGCAAUAUCAGCUGAUUAACCACAGUUUAUAAACUAAUGGGACCAUGAGUAAUAACUGUAAUGUGCUUAGUAAAAUUACUGUGGGUGGACUUAAAAUUUAUGCCAAUUUAAAUAUGAAAAUUAUUAGGAGACAAAGUGCAUUGGCUAGACCAUUCUGGAGUCAUUUCUGCUUUAGAAUAACAUGCACUGUUUAUGGUAAUCACUGUAAUUAAUACACUUCAACCACUAACAAGGCAUGGACUUUCACUGAAGAACAGAGGGCACCAAAGUAAAAGAAAUUCUAAAAUUUUGAAUCUGAUGGUUUGUAGUCAGUUUCACAACUAGACCUUGCAUGUGAAAUGCCUUUCUAACAUGACUGCUAGCCAUCAAGUUUAUUCAACAACUCGCAUAAAUAUGAAAAAUUAGUAAAUAAUUUGUAAAUUUAGGCUAAGACCUGAGAUGUGAGCAAGUAGAUGGAGCAUGCUGCAUUAUUAUAUGAUUGUGCUCUGAUGAUGACCAUACUAAAGUAAACUCAAAAUAAUCAUGUUAUUUUGUGUAUAAUUUUGGUAAAUACUAUGCUACUCAAGAAGGACAUGGCUCGGCACGGAACAACUUAGCAUUGCAUCUCGAAACUCACACACAGGAUCGGAAGGUCCCGCCAUAUCCACUUCAGCCUCAUGCUCACUACAUUAAAAAGGUCCACCAGAACCAGUCGGCCGAGCCUGAACUAUCUUCUGGCAAUGAACCUGGCCAAGUUGAGCUGUGCUGAGCCAACCCGCACCAAGUUUCAGUGGGUUAAUUUACUAUGUCUUACUUUCUUGUUUAUCCUCCCUUCGGAGCGGGGGCCUUGCCAUUCCGGGCCGAGCCUUGUCGGGUCGACUGCUUUAAUGAAAUUAGAGUUCAAUGUUUAUUGUUCUUUGCAGUAAAAAUAUCUGUAGCAUUGGCAGUUGGACAUUGGUGGAAAUCAAGUUCAACGUAGCCAGUUGUAUCGGACUUGUGAUUAUUUUAAAAAAUUUUACUGUUUUACAGCUUUUAUUUCUUCAGUUCUUUUACUAAAUUCUGGCUGAGGAUUUCGGCAGAAUGAAUUAUGCUACCUUUCUUCAUCUGUGUCAAUGGUAGUUGAGUAAGGCCAUUGCUCUUUCCUUGUUGUCAAAAAUAAUUAUUUAUCCUUUAUGUCAUUCCAUGAUUAUUUUCUGUGUUCAAAUUAAACCAAACAUAUGGUAA